AUGUUGUGAUAGUUGUCCAUCUGCCUAUCAUUUGCACUGCCUCAUUCCACCAAUGAAAAAGAUUCCUGGAGGAGACUGGAGAUGUCCAUGAUGCAAGGUAGUUAUUUUGAUUAAAGGUAUUAUAUAUGCACAUAGUGGUUGGUACAUUUUCUGCUUGUUCAAUUUAUUUUUCUUUGUUUUAAACAAAGUAAAAUUGCCCCACUUAUUACAUAACUUGGCUCUAUUCUUGGGUAUGAAGCUGCGUACUAGUGUAGAUUUUGAGUGACAACUCUGUUUGGUCUUUAUAAGCCUUGUGUUCCUGUGCAUGUUUUAUUUAACUCUUUCACUCCUAAACCAUGUUAUCGCAAGAUUGUUUCAUGCUUUUUUGUUUAUUUUUUUCCCACUCUUACAUUUAAAUGUGUGAAAGAAAUCCCAUAUUGUUACCAUUGAAAUUAAAUGUCCUCUUUGGUGAGGGCCUUGCGAAAUGGAAUUGAGAAUUCCUAGGAAUUUCCUAAGAAUUCCUAGGAAUCAAGGUGUGAAAUUUCACGGUAAUUGGAACAUGGAAUUCCUAAGAAUUCCUAGGAAUUCCAAGCUUUGCUCACCCAUCAGUUGGCUUGGAAAAUAUUCCUAGGAAUUCUUAGGAAUUCCUAGGAAUUGAAAGAAUAUAAACAGAAUGAUUACUUCUUAGGAAUUCCUAGGAAUUCCUUGGAAUAGCUUAGAAUAGCUAGGUCAAUAGGGAUGUAACAAAUCGACCUGCUGCCGGAAUUAAGGGAUAUUCGAAUGAAAAACUGAUUUGCAUUUAAACCCUUAUGUUAAGGAAGUUAGUACUAGAAGUUGCUAUUUUGCUCUCUGAACCAGAAAUCCAUAAUGCAAAUGUACAAAAACUGAAACAAUGUUUAUUCCAGCAAUAACUGAAAAAUAGCUCUCCAUGUUAACAAAAAAAAUACUUCUUCUGCUUUAACUUGACUUAAAAAUUUCACUGCAGUGGUCGUUUAACAGUCCGGAAUAUCCCUAAAUUUAAGGACAAGGCCAAACUGGUCACGCGACACUUUUCAACCAAUGGGAAGGCGCGCUUGUGUUUAUCAACAAACAAAUCAAAACAUCGCCCCAGUGAUCAAAAAUUAUCAAAACAACGGACGGAGUCGGACAGAAUUAAAGAUGAGCUUACAGUACUCGUCUAGGAUUCACAUUUAAUAUUUCAAAGAAAACAUUUCAUGUAAGAGAAUAAGAGCAUUAAUCAUUGCAAGGAAUCAUUGGGGUGUUCGAACUGAUUUCUGACCGAUCGCAGAGGUCGUGGCUUCACUGGCAUGGCUUGCAAGAUUUUUGAUAGAAGCAACUGGUGUCGUGAAAAAUAGCCUUAGAGGGAGUGUGAAAAUUUGUUGAGAUCGUACAAAACAGGAUUGGUACUACCUAUUAACUUCUACAGGACAAGAAUCAAAGAACCAGUCAUCAUAACAAGAAUAGAAAGUAGUUCAAAUUUAUUAAUUUUUCUUGUUUGUUUUUUUGUGUUGUUUCGUGUUGACUUCACGCAUCUGGUGCUUUCUUUGCUUACUGUAGUGCCCGCAAUAUUUUAAUUUUAUCCCAGAUAAUCAGUGCAUGUUCAAUGAGUAGCGAAAUACAGCAUUUACAAUUGAGAUUUGCCUUGUUUCUUUGAUUGUUUUUUAACGGUGGGUGAACAUUUGGAGAAUCCAACAACAUUAAAUCUUUCCAGAUUAGUGAAUUUCAGAAACUAAGCGGUUAGUAUCUACCUUCUGUACCUUACGCUUAUGAUCUUCAAUUUCAUCCCCGCAAAUUCGGCAAAGUGAGGCGAGAUGUUGGACGUGAAUAUCCAUGAGACUAAUAAAGUUGUUUUGGCCUUGAAAAGAAAAAAGGCAAAGGCUCGUACUAAUGCCAAAAAAAAAGUAAUAACACGGCUUUUGUGAGAAACCCGGGAGUGGAAAACGUAUGUGUUUUGGACCUCGAAAUUCAGAAAUUGUCUACCAAAAUUUUAGGUCUACCAUCCCCACAUUCAACAUGAUAAAAGUUAAUCGAUAGGACAAUCGAGGAAAAAUAUCUAAAACUUCGUAAAAAGUCUGUGAAUCGAAAAAAUAAUAGAUACUUGAUCACCUACCUUGAAAACCGACCAAAAUCUCUCCUAUGCAACGCAUUGUUUAAAAGAUAAAAGAAGAAAUAAGCCACAAAAUGUGCUGAAUAUUUCACGAGACACUUCCAAUAUGGCUUCCGAUAAGCUGUCCACUUAAAAAAAUUGUGUGCCUCAUCAUGAAAAGUCUUAAACAUAUGCCUGAGAGCCUCGAAAUGAUGACUGAUUCUGUCCGACUCCGUCCGUUGUUUUGAUAAUUUUUGAUCACUGGGGCGAUGUUUUGAUUUGUUUGUUGAUAAACACAAGCGCGCCUUCUCAUUGGUUGAAAAGUGUCGCGUGACCAGUUUCAGGGUUCGUACCAUUUUUAGAACAAAAAAUUCAAGGAAUUUUCAAGGACUUUCAAGGACUCAUUUCCCAUUUUUCAAGGACUCCAUUUAGUGCAAAAAAGAGCCUUGAGUCUGCCUUUUUUGGUUCUUCCACAACAUGGGCAAUUAUACCCUGAUAGGUCUUUCUGUGUUUGCUCCUUUUAGAACCUUGAGAAUCUGUAUUGGAUAAAGUUAACACCGAAAUUCAAGGACUUUCCAGCACCGACUACAAUUUUCAAGGACUUUCAAGGCCUUGAAUUUUUAUUUUGAAACUCAAGGACUUUCAAGGUGCGUGCGAACCCUGCAGUUUGGCCUUGUCCUUAAAUUUAGGGAUAUUCCGGACUGUUUAAAUGUUUCAAAAAUUACAACAGUGACCUCAAAAAAUCAAAUUUAAGACAAUGACUUUUUGUGAAGUACGAAUCAAAUAAUUCAGUAUAAUGACUGCAGUCCUUAUAUACAUAUGAAUAAACUUAGAUAUAGAUAUACUUACACAUAGAUAUACAUGUAGUGUAAAGUAAACUAUCGCUAUAGUCAUGAUUGAAAAAAAAAAGAAAGUAAAACAUGACCUGUUCAGGUGGAAUCUCUAGAUAGUGAGAUAAUGUAAAGUAACAUAUACCUAGUCAUGAUUGAAAAAAAAAUAUAAAAACAUACCCUGUUGGUGGAAUCUCUAGAAAGUGUUUGUUUUUAAUCCAAAUGACAACAUCAGCUGAAUAUUCUCUUUUUCGUAAUUUAUUUUACCCAACAUACACAUCACCACAUUCCACAUACAUGCAUGUAAAUAAACAUCUUCGAAUAAUUAAUACAGUGCAUGAAUAUGAAAAAAAGCUAAAUGACUGCUUUUUCCAAUGUCGCCGAUGCAGCCCUCUGAACUGAAGGUCCACACAUCAGGCAAGUGCUAGUGCUAGUUGUUUUUGACCUUACUAUUGCAGCGAUUAUUAAGAUUUACAUGUACCACAAGCAUUUAAUAUAAAACCUUAUGCAACUUAUACUAUGAAUUAAAGUUCAAAUGAACAAACCUACCGGCUGUAUUCUAAUAUUUUAUAAGUAAGUUCAAGUCUCAAGUCCUUAUAAAUUAACUGGAAAUUUCAUUGCUUCUUACUUGUAUAAGUAGCCAUUGGAAACUUUCUUAUGCUAUUUCUUCUCCUAUUUUAUCUAACAUUGGUCUUGACAAGUCUGCUAUAACCUUGUAGCGCCAGAACAUACAGUUUUCAGAGUAUUCCACUGACUACUUGCAACAAAGAGCACAGUUAUUUCGAUCUGCAGUAAACAAAAAGCAGCAAAAAGGGAUCUGAUCAAUGGCAUAUCUUUGCAUGCAUCUUUGAACUUUAUAAGCUUAUUUACGCAAAGUUAUUAGAAAACAUACCUUUCCACAUUAAUCCAGCUGAGUAAACUCACUUACAAACAUGCUUUAUGUGAACACAAACUUCGCAAUUGAUAAAUUUGUCUCGAAAAUAACAUGGAUAAUAGAAAGACAAUCUCACGAAACUACUUUGUUGCUUGUGAAGUCCGCGUGAAUUUGAACUAUUCAACGGAAGUUCAUUUGGCACUUUUCUAUUGGUUCAAAAGUCGCACGUGACAAAGUAAAUCAAAUCGCGCAUGUGCCAAAGGCACGCGUGGAAGCCUGGGAAACAAGAAAACAUGGCGGCUAAUCUUGCGACGUGCUCCCGUUUGGGUCGAAAUAGCAGUUAUUUUCAACGACAGCUAUUUUCAACGUUAAUUAAGGUGAAGCAACGCAGUUGAAGUGUUAAAAGCAAGAGGUAAACUUAACGUUGUUCUUUCAAGUUGGGAAAGAAAAUGUGGGACCACAUUAUCAAUCAAAGAACUGCCACGAAAAACGUGUUGUGGCCGUUGUUCCGGGCUUGGCCUGGCUUGCCGGUAGUUCCGAAAACGAAGCACUCGAAAACGAAGACCGAAGCACGAAGCACCCAAAACUCGAAAACGAAGCACCCAAAUCUCGAAAACGAAGCACCCAAAACUCGAAAACAAAGCACCCUAGAUCGAAAACGAAGACCCCUAAAUCUCGAAAACGAAGCACCCUAGAUCGAAAACGAAGCACCCAAAUCUCGAAAACGAAGACCCCAAAACUCGAAAACGAAGCACCUGAAUCAGGUGGAGGAAGCGGAUGCGUCCGCACCUCCAAAGGUCCACAAAAUCCAUCCCAAGGUUUUAUAACAGCCUAGCCACUGUUUAACUGAACUUUUCUAGAUAGGAUAUACUGUAUUAAUUUUAUUAUUGGUCUCGCUAUACUUGAUACAUCUUACCUUAAUAUGCAUUUUUUCGGUACACAUACAUGUUUAUGUAGACUUCAAAACUGUCCGUCAGCAGAUUUUGGCGUAUUCAAGUACGCGUGAGCAGUAACACAAAAGGUCUGAAACAAGGCUGAAAACGGAGUGUGAGGCUCGCGCGUAUUACUCUUACGGCACGCACGCACGCAUGGACCUUCCACGCAGCGGCGGAAAUGCAUUUACAACUUGAGUAGAUUUGAACUGCAUUCGAUUCGUUAUCGUGCUUGAUUCCUGCUGUAUUAGCAUUGGUCUCGUGUUUAUAAAGGACAGACCGGUGUCGAGUUUUUGGGUGCUUCGUUUUCGAGUUUUGGGGGCUUCGUUUUCGAGAUUUAGGGGUCUUCGUUUUCGAUCUAGGGUGCUUCGUUUUCCAGUUUUGGGUGCUUCGUUUUCGAGUUUUGGGUGCUUCGUUUUCGAUAUUUGGGUGCUUCGUGCUUCGGUCUUCAUUUUCGAGUGCUUCGUUUUCGAAACUACCCUGGCUUGCCAUGCUUUUGACUGCACUCCUGAUGCAAGGGGACAGCCCAUGUCUUGUGCGUUUGUCUAAUUUCCGUGGAGUAUGUGGAUAAACAACGUACAUUUCAGACUGGAAAUGUACUUCAUAUUUUUAAAAACGAGACUUCUCAUUUCAGACAACAUUUUGCACUGAAAGUGUACUGGACAUGUAACAGCUUUAAAUAUUUAUUGCUGUAAUAUGCUGUAAUAAUGUAAUUUAGAUCAGUUAAAUAUUGUUAUCUUAAGUUUAAUACUGGUUGGAGGUUUGUGAACAGCAUUCGCCACAUGUCAGCAUUUAACCAGAUUAGGUAAAAAAAUUGGGUUGAAUAUAAAAAUGUAAGUAUAGAAGUAUACAUUACCAGUAUGUUCUGUAUUAUAAGUUUAGAAUUGUUUCAGUGCAAUCACUUAAAAUUAAAAUGUGAAAAAAUAAGAAAAGACUACGAAAUCUUCUACAAUUUUUAAAGUCUUUCUGAUUUUUAAACAUCCCUGAGCUGAAUUCCUAAUUUGCAUAACUUAGAAUUCCUAGGAAUUCCCAGGAAUUCCAAGCGCAGUUGGCCUGAAUUUUUCUAUUCCCAGAAAUUCUCAACAAAAUUGUAAAACUUAGAAUUCCCAGGAAUUCCUAGGAAUUCCAAGCCUAGAGUGAGACCUAAUUUGCCAUUCCCAAAAAUUCUCAAGAAUUCCAAGCUUAUUUGAUGAAGGCUGAUUUGCAUAGUUGGGAAUUUUUGGGAAUUCCUAGGAAUUCCCAGAAAGCUGGGAAUUCAUUUCGCAAGGGGGUGUGGGUGCUUAUUAACUUUUUCUGCCUUUAGGAUGAGCGCUAAUUCGAGGUUGGGCGCUUAUUUGAGUAAAUGUGGUAUAUAUAUUAUAUGAACAUGACAGAGAAUUGCAUAGGUAGGAAAGAGCAAGAACAAAACCUGAACUAUGUAGGAUGUUGUUGAUGUAGGUUUUAGACAUCAUGAAACUUGGUUUUCUCAAUUUUGCACAUUUUUUUUGUCUGGUAUCCAGUCCUUUUUAGUCUGUUAAUUCUAUUCAGCUUUUUAUUCAGUUGAAUGGAGAGUCAAAGCGGUAACAUCUGCACUUAACUGUGCCUGUAUGUUAUGUUAUCUUGUUCCAUUAUCCAGGAAGAUGAAAUGACAAGUGACUCCAGUGAAGACAUGCAUAGUGAUUACUGCAGAGUGUGUAAAGAUGGUGGCCAGUUAUUAUGUUGUGAUAGUUGUCCAUUUGCCUAUGCCUAUCAUUUUGCACUGCCUCAUUCCACCAAUGAAAAAGAUUCCUGGAGGAGACUGGAGAUGUCCACGAUGCAAGGUAGUUAUUUUGAUUAAAGGUAUUAUAUAUGCACAUAGUGGUUGGUACAUUUUCCCCUUGUUCAAUUUAUUUUUCUUUGUUUUAAACAAAGUAAAAUUGCCCCACAAAUUACAUAACUUGGCUCGAUCUAUUCUUGGGUAUGAAGCUGCGUACUAGUGUAGAUUUUGAGUGACAACUCUGUGUGGUCUUUAUAAGCCUUGUGUUCCUGUGCAUGUUUUAUUUAACUCUUUCACUCCUAAACCAUGUUAUCGCAAGAUUGUUUCAUGCUUUUUUGUUUAUUUUUUUUUCCACUCUUACAUUUAAAUGUGUGAAAGAAAUCCCAUAUUGUUACCAUUGAAAUUAAAUGUCCUCUUUGGUGAGCGUUGUCCAAUCCACACUAAUUACUAGAAUCUACUGGAAACACAAAUAGAUUUCAACAGACUCCCUUAUUUCUACUCGUAGAAAAUGUAAAAACAUUUUAAUCAUGACUUGUGUAGUGUACCCUUGCGAAAUAACUUUUGGAAUUCCUAGGAAUUCCUAGGAUAACUUACCUCAAGUCAUGGCUUAAUGAAUUAGUUGUAAAUACAUGUGUAGGGUUCUUGUCUCAGGUCAUGGCUUAAAGAACCAGAUAUUUCACAUCAAGUAGACUUUCAGUGAUUCAAGAAAUUGGGCACAACUAUUGCACAGUACUAUUCAUUUUAGGGGACUUACCAAUAAUAAAUUUUUUUGAGGGGGAAGGAUAUUUUUGGCUACUUUUUAAAAGGGUUAAUCUUGUUAUGUAUAGUACGUUUUUUAUUACACUUCCAUUGUUUGCUCUCAGAGUGAGCCAUUGAAAGGCAAAGUUGAGAGAAUUCUUCACUGGAGAUAUGUUAACCUACCAUUUGAAGGUAAGUAUUCCAUUUUGGACAUUGUCUUUGUAAAGAGUUGCUAGUAGCUCAUGUUUCUACCAUAUUAUUUCUUGUCUACUGAGAAUUUAAUGUGCGACAAAUGCAGACUGCAGACUUUAAAUACAGGACUGGCAGAUUCAAGUCUUGUUAUAUUUAUAUGAAAAUGGGACAGUUUCAUGAGCAUUUCGCAAUGUUGUUAACUUGCCAAUCUGCAGUCUGCAAUUGUUUCACACUGCUCAGUAAUGCACUAGGUGCAGUUUUGCUGCUUCAUUAGAGGACCUCACAAUUUGCUAUGAGUAUGAGUACUACAACUUUUGUCUAAUAUAUACAUCUCUAAUGUAUUCUUCAAUAAUCAGCUCUAUCUAUAGGCCAGCAGAAUAAAGGAACCAGAUUUCUGGAUACAUUGCUGGCUUUAAAAUUCAAAAUUUUUACUAAAGCUUAAUGCCUUAAUGUUCAGUAAUACUUCUGCUUAAACCCAUUCCCAAAGACGGCGGGGUAGCUGUUCAAAGAGAAUACUCAUGCAUGGUAGCAUUACAGGCAAUUUUUAAGAACACUAUUUCAGCUCUUAGCUGGCACCCACUCUUACCACACCAAUACUAGAAAUGUCAUCAGAGGUACAAUCAGCUCUCACUAACACUGUUACAACUCUCUAGAAAACAGGUGUCCCCCUUAAACAUAUAGAGUGAACGAAAAGAGCUAAAGAAUGACAGGGAGUAACUCAGGGUGUCUGUUUUAGAGAGGUGUUCAUCUUGUAAGUCAGGUUUUGGGUAAGAGAGUGGACAAAAGUAAAUCCAAAUUUUUCUGCAACCAGUUUUGCAAGACUGCAUGAGGGUGCAGAUCCCUAUGUAACUUACAACAGUUUCAGUUAUAUAGUAUUCUGCCUUAAUUUGCUCCGAGUCCGUGGGUUUCCAAGUAUGAGUGAUAUUUAAGGUACAUGUGGGUAAGUCUCAUACUGAUACAUUUAUAACAUUGUUUUUGCAGAUGCUGUGCUCAAGUCUGGUGAUACUGGAGAGCUGACUGAACCAGAGGUAUGCCGCCUUGUGGCAGUUACCUUGUUAACUUCAGUUCAGUUAAUCUGUUUAAUUUUAGGAUCAAGUUUUAAAUAAGAAGAUCCACAAGCCAUGCUGUUUAUUCAGUCUUGGGAGUCUGUGUGGACUCCCUGUGCAUGUAGCUAACUGAAGAAUUUAUUUUACAGACUUUAAAUAUGAAACUCAAGAGUUUUUUGUCAAGUGGUUGGAUAUGUCAUACUGGCAUUGCUCAUGGAUCACAGAACUCCAGGUUGGUCUCUGCAUUUACUGUAUGUUCUGUUGAAUGAGAGGAUGUGUAGUUUUACAGGGGCGGAUGUAGGAGGAGGGUGCAGGGGGCUCCCCCCUCCAGCCAAGAUGAACUGUGUGUUUCUUAAAUUAGCACUGUGAAGUCCGCUUCACAGUUAUUUAAAAUCCGCUGUAUCCAUGGUCUGCACGGGCCUUGAAAAGUCCUUGAAAAAACAUCAUGUCCUUGAAAGUCCUUGAAAAUUGAAAAAUAGUGGGAUAUCCUUGAAAAGUCCUUGAAUUUUCCACAGAAGUCGUUGAAUAUUAUUGAAAGCUCCUUGAAUAAAAAUGACCUUCAGUAAAGAAAAAAAAUAGUGUUUUGUGCAAAGGAAUGAUUAAAGCACAGCAUUACACAAAUUUUCUUGGUGGUCAUGCAAGUGUUUUCUUAUGUUUUCAGUGUUCCAAGCAUAAUUCAUUUUCCAUUAUUUGAAUUAGCCUACGAACUGUAUUGCAAUAAGCCAACACCCCUCCACCUACGCAUUGUAAAGGUCUUUAAUCAUGUUAUUGGGGAAAAGAAGUCCUUGAAAAUAUGAUUUUAGUCCUUGAAAAGUCCUUGAUUAUUUCCCAAAUAAUUCUGUAUGAACCAUGUAUAUCGUUUUAUAUGUAUUCGCAGCAGUUCACAUUAUGUUACUGCCUAGUCAGAAGCCUUCUUCUUCAUAUUCGCUUUUAAAAUUUGUUUACGUCACCGAACAGUACUGUUAUACCAUUCCAUAGUAGUGCACCCAUCCUGGAUCUGCCCCAGUGUAUAAACUAUAAUUAAGAGUUGGGAAGGGAGUCGUGCAGACAAGGAUCAGUAAAUUACCAGGCAAUGAGCAGUCUCACACAUGCAUGGGCAUUGUACAUGUAUGUUGUAAGGGGCACAAGUAGUCCCAUUUUGCCCAGAUUUUCUACAGGCCACAGUUGAUCAAGUGGUGGAUAGCAGCAUUCACUGGAUAAAAUCUCUAUCCAGUCGAUUAAUGUAAUUGGUUUCCCUAAUAGUUCUCCACUGGAUUUUGAUAUAUCCAGUGGAUAAGAUCAUCUUUCAAUAGCCAGCAUUGUAUCUCAAGUAAGUUUAAUUGGCUAUACAAUACACUGCAUUCAAUUAACUCAUUCAGCUGGGUUUUUUGAGCAAAAUAUCAGGUAAUUUGUAAAUUACACACUUAAUCAGGUACACCAUAAUCACUUUUCAGCAGUGGUGAAAGUGGAGACAGAGGUCAAAUUAACAUGUAAACAUCAACAGUUUUUAUGUCUUGCAUUAUUUUUUAGUUGGAGAUUUACCAUCCCAGCAUGUACCGAGCAUAUUUCCGUAAAAAUGACAUGGAGGAACCUCCGCCCAUUGAUGAUGGCGAUGAAGAUGAGGAAACACCAGCACAUGUGAUACAGAACAGCAAGGCAGAGGAUGAGAGUAAUCUUGAGGCCAGAUUUUACCGAUAUGGAGUACGGCCAGACUGGUUACAGAUUCAUCGCAUCCUGAGGCAUAGGUUAGUAUUACAGGCACGCCGGGCAGGGUUCGUCAGAGUGCACAGUGAGGGGGGAAAAUUCUGGAAACCUGUAACCCUGACAGGGUUUUAGUAAAUGUAUCUGAGGCAAUUUUAUUCUUGAGAACAAUAGCUCUUGUUUCUUCAAGUCAUUGAGUCCUGAUUUGCUUUGAUUUUUAGAACUGUUUAACCCUUAAAGUUCAAGAGUGACCAACAUGAAUUUUCCCCUCACAAACAUCAAUACAGUAUCAAAAGUAAAGGUUAGGAGGUUUGAUAAAACGAUCACCUCAGGGAAAAUGCUUUGAUGUUUUAUCAAAUUAUCUCAACUAAUUCUUUAAGGAAAUCUAUGUAGACCAGUUUGGAGAAUUUGUAGGUGGAUAUUGGGGCUUAAAGGGUUAAUGCCCUUUCAUUGUUAGAUUUUCUUGAAGUAAAUACCAUGCAAAGUAAGUCAUCUGCAUGCAAAGUAAGUCAUCUGCAUGAUCUGUUUGAUGAGAACACUUAACAAUUAUUCUUUGAAAUCGAGGUGAAUAGUGGCAAAAUAUUUACCGAGCCGCGAAAGCGGCGAGGUAAAUAUUCCCAAAGCCACUAUUCACCGAGAUUGAGAAGAAUAAUUGUUUUAGUAUAUACACACGAAGUGAUCUCAACAAAAUCAGAAAGGAAACCAUUCAAAAGUAGGAUUUGAUUGACAGAUCAAAUCACGCGUAAGUUUAAAAAUAGAUCUUUGCAGAAUUUUCAAACAUGGCAAUUCACAAGUUUACUCAUUGCGCAAACAACAGCGUAAUGGCUUCAAUGGAAUCGCUAAAAGUUUGAACUGUUUCGUUACCUGAGAAAAAAAAUAGUUUGUUUUCUGUUGACUCGCCAAGUUUAUAGCCAAAAGGGCAUGUUGUGUCGUUCUUCGCAUGAAGUGCUGACAAAAAUGGCGGCUCGGUUGCUCGAGGUAAGAGGUCGUCUUCCUGUAUCAUUCUUUUUCCUGUUUACUUGAAAUGUAGAAUUUCUGCAAACAUUUCCUUUUAAAUUUGUUUGUCAUAAAUAAACUUCGAUUUUUGAGCCAAAAUUUUCUUCUUGGAAAACGCUGAGUUCACGAAACGGCUUCUUCUACGCGAAUACACGGGAGUUGUAAACAAUCCAUCGAGCACAAAACUCCUGCUACAGUAAAUUGAAAAACGCCGUAUUGAAUCCUUCCAAGUCUUUUCUUGCCUUAAAAAAGUCAGCCCUAGGAUUUUGUCGACUUUUAAAAGAUCGUUCUCUAAAAAAAAAGGGAAAAACACCGAGCUCACACAUUAUCCACUCGCUAGGAGGUGAAUAUUGUUGAAUAGUCCGAGAUAGCGAACCAAUCAGAUUGCUUAAAUCACCAAGAUCACUGAGUGUGUAUAUACUAAUGAAUGAUAGUCCAGAAUAUGGCAGAUAGACUAAUAAUUCCAAAUUUUAUGCAAUGGCAUGGUUAUAGAGCAGCGAAGAGAUGACAACACUAAAACUAGUUUCAAGAAAUUACUGGAUUUGGUAGUAAGAACUGGCCAUGAGCCAAACGUCUGUUAGUUAUAAGAGCAAAAUUGCUGGUGAGAUACCAGCAAAACUAUGCUAUGAUAACUCCAUAUGAAUCCUUCUAAAAUUAAGCUGCCUCUGAAAUUUUACCAUACAGGUCAAUAAAAGGAUUUAUUUAGACCAAUUUCUCUAACCAGAUGGACAGUUUUCAUCUUGUUCUUACCCAUGUCUCAUAGAUCACAAAUUCAAAUUUUCGUGAAGUCAUACUUGUUGCUGCGCAGCGACCGAAGGGAGCGAGCAGCAACAUAAUCAGGAUUUAAAGGAAAUAUAUAAAGGGGCGACGAAUUCUCGAAUUCAUCACUUUUUACCACAAUGCAUUGCAUUUAACCAGAGUGCAUUGCGCCACAAACAACUCAAAUAAAAACACGGGGAAGUUCGGUGGGAGUGCGUCGUUCGCGGCUCAGACUUAGAGUUUUCCUUGUGGCAAAUUUUCUACAGCACGGUUAGAGGACUUACCAAAUUUUAAGACAUGCAGGAGUCUUUCAGAUGAGUACGAUGGUUAACUUGGGGAUUGGAUUUCAAUUCAAGAGCCUUUGACUCGUCCAGGUGUUAAACCUGACGAGAAGAUAAGCAUUUGCUCUUCGACUACGCAACACGGGGGAUAUACAAAUUCCAGCUUGCUAGAAGGUGAUGUGAAAGUGAGAAAAUGUCAUGCAGUGCUAUUCUUAAGAAACUGUAUGAGCCAAAAAUGGAUGUGAUUUUGACCAUUCGCUUCAAAAUAACAAUCGAGAAUAACAAAACAUAUGUUUUGUGUCCUACUUUGCAGACGAGGACGUGUAUCGCCGUUUUGAAAAGCAUAAUUAUGUUCUUUCAUUCAUUCAUUGCCAUGGAAUAUGCGUUUACAUCGUUUUUUCACUGUUAAUAGCUCGGUUAAUGCGGCUGGCGAUUAUCUUGCCGGCGGAAGUUUCAUGGAAAAGGAAUAAAAUCAAGACUUUUCCUGCAAUUCCGUAAUCAGCCACUGUGGUGUAGUGGUUAGGUAUAGUGGCGUCGAGCCGGAGGUGCAGGGUUCGAGUCCUACCGAAUUCUUUAUUCCUUCUUUCUUUUUUUUUCCCGUUUUUUGUGUUGUUGUUUUCUAUAAAUAUAUAGCUAAAUAACUGUUACUUAAUAAAGUGCAACAAACAGCAAGAAAAGUAUUGUGUUUCCAGAAAAAAUAUCGUGCACCAUAUAUUAAAUAUAUGGAUAAACAAUCUGAAUUUUUUAUUAUUUCCUACAAUUUACUGUGGGAAAACCAGAGUUAUAACCACUUGAUCAUUUUCUAAACAACGUUCCCACGAGUUCUUUCUAUAGACUGAUAGUUAAUUAUUCUAGUACUUUCCAACAUGUAAAUAGGACAUUCAAUAUCAUUUUCGACUCUUUUAAGUCUCACUGCCUAACUAAUGCCAGUAUCAACAGAAUGUGUCGCAGCAUUACUAUCUUUUAGAUACCCUAGUCUACACUAUUUUCUAAUCGAGAAAGACAGUGUUCGUGCUGCACAGUGGUGUCAUUAAUUUGACAGUGUGUAUGUACCACAUUCUUUUUUUUUUUUAUCUGCACAGGGUACCCAAGCAGUCAAAAGAAGAGUUCCUUAUUAAAUGGCGAGAUGUUCCAUACAAUCAGAGCACCUGGGAAAGGCCAGAUGAUGCUGUUAAUUCUCAAAUA